ACUACGGUUAAAAAUUGCAAAAGAAGUAAAACCCCGGUAAACUUGAAAUUAUGGCUUGUAGAUCAGCUGUACAUCCAAACUCUGUCGUCUGUGAUAUACCUUUUAAAGGAACCAUAGACACAGAAAUUAGGGCUUAUUUGCUUAACGAACUCAUCAAAUAUAUUUUAUAUGAGAAAAGCCAAAUGCCUGAGAUGUUUGACCAACUCAAGAAACAUAUCAAUGUUCGUGGUAAAAAUGCAAACCCCAAGAGUUCAAACAAGAAUGACAGACAGGCUUUCUUACUUUAUUCUAGCUGUGAAAAAUUAUUUGGAAGUAUUGUGGCUAAUUUCCAAACUUACCCCCAAAUCCAAGAGUGUGCCAUUAUCCUUGGUUCCUCAUCUCUCAGCCCCAAAGAGGUGUUCCACAUCACUUUUCCUCCUGCAGACUCUAGUCAACACCCACAAAAGCCCCUGUCUGCCAAAGACUGCAAGCGAUUUCUUUUCUUACAGAUUUUUGCAAAGGACCCAUUCUUUAGUGGUUCAAGCCUCCCAUGUACCAAUAUGCACGUGUUACUGCUUGCCCCACGACAGCUUAAGUUGACUGGCUUCUCUGCCAAACCCGUCUACAAGCCUUCAAAACGUGGACAACAUUAUUACUUGAACUUAUUACAAGAUAGUGAGCAAGAUGAUGAUGAAGUCUCUUUCCAUCCUAAACACAACUACAGUCUUGAUUUGUCUGGGUUCGAACCACUCACGCCAUCCAAGAAAGAUGACAGUGUCCUGAAUGAUUUUCAUGCCUUAAACCUUUUGGACGAUGACGACAACUCUCAAAUAUGGUAUCAGGCAAACAUUAGUGUGAAAGGUUAUCAUGCAACUAUGCCAACAAAUUUAUAGCUCACAUACUUUCUGAAAAGAAUUUGGCUGAAAUGGAUGAGCAGGAUAUGAGUAUUUGAGAUUCUGGAUUAUUAAAAUUGAUAGUGAUGGGAUAAAAUGACUUGUGGUAUUUAUAUUCUUUUAUAUUCUGAGUUCAAAUCCAACCAAGGUCAACUUUUCCUUUCUUUCUAGGGGUCAAUAUAAUAAAAUACCAGAGAAGUUUCAGCAUUGAUUUAAUUAACUAUACACCUUUCCCCCCAAAUUUAUACCUUUAUUUGUUUUAUUUCUAUUUUUAUCAUCAUUAUGAAUUUAUGCAUGUGUAUGUAUAUGUGUGUAUAGAGUUUUAACACACACACACAAACAGAAUUGGAUGUUUCUAUUAAAGAAUGAGAACAAUUCAAAACUAUAUUAUGUAUAGAGUGGAUAUAUUAAUUAACAUAAUGACCGGUUUGUAAUUAGUCCUAUUUCUUCUUUAGACUUUGUUGGAGAAUUCUAAAGUGAAGGAAACAGGACUAGUUUUGUAACUAAUCUUAACACACGCACAUAUAUGUACCUAUAUAUACACGCACACACUUAAUCAUGUGUUGCUUCUGGUUUAACUUUUAAUUUAAUAUGGUAAAAGAAAUACCUGUAACAGUUGGUGUCACUCCAAUGAAAUUAACCUGAUUCUCUGUGAAAAUUAAAAAAAAACCUUUACCUAGUUGAUCUGUCCUUUAUUCUAGGUCAUAGAGAAUUGGGUCUCCGAUCAGAUUUUAAUGGUCAGAUAUCACAAAUCACUAUAUUACUUAUGCCUUUAAAUGAGACAUGAAUGUAAUAAUAUAUUUCACUCUCUGUAUAACUAUAGCUUUUUAAUUAUCAAAUAACAUGUUAAUUAUUAACUGGGCAUAUCUUCUUAAACAUAUUUUUUACUUUCCUACCUGUUGGCUGCCCUAGGUGAAACUACUUUGUCUUUGUUUUAGAGGUUGGAUCACAUCCAUGUACAGCAGUAUUUGCUUGGUGAUCAAACUCAGAGGCCAUAUAAGAGAACAUUCUCUUAUGACAUACUCAGUCCGAGAAAGGUGCCCUUCACAUCACUUCUGUACUUUUUGUCUGUUGAGUAACAGAUGUGCAAGUUAGGUAUGUUGAGGGACAUUCUUCUUGAACUGAGGUACAAGUGUUAUAUUGCAUCCAUGAACCAUGUCAAUGUCAUGUCAGAAAUCUUAGAAACCAAAGUGAUCAUCACCAUACCAGAAGAAUAUGAGAUGGUAACAGAAGAUGUAUUUACCAUGACAAGUCAAUCAAGUUGCAGCUGUUAAGGUGUUUGAGGUCUUGU